AGUUUGUAUUGCAACUGCAUCGCUUCGAAGAAUAUUUCACAUUCUAAUCAGUUUUUUAAUUUUUCGUUUGCUAGAAAAUAUUUUUAUACUGGUGCUGAUCCUUUUCAAACCACCUUCCAAACGGAAUAAAACAAAAAAUUGCGUUACGAAAAUUUUCAACUUUUAUUCAAUAUUAAAAGAGUGGGCGAAAGAUGAGCACGUUGGAUCGAUACAUUGGAGUCCGAGGCAUUCAGUCCUGUUCCGACUCAAUCAUCUCAUAUCACAAAGGAUUGUCAUUGGCAUCGGGAAUCUUAGCCAUUUUGUUUGGUUUCUUUUCUUUCGGCCUUGGCAUUGCUGCAAUUUGUGUGGGAAGUUCAGCGUCCUACAUUGGAUACGGCAUAUGGUGUGGAUUCAUCUUUAUUGUCGCCGGGGUGAUAUACAUCGUCGUUGCUUUCAAGAAGAAUGCCUGUCUCAUAACGGUUGCUUUGGUUUUUAGCCUAACUGGCAUCUUCUGCUCCAUCAUUCAAUUCUCAUUGGGCGUGUUUGGCACUUACGUCGACGCCAACCGAGCGACGUACCACUUGAAAUGGACCUACGGGGGGUUCGCCUACGACAUCUUCAACACAAAAAAUGUUUUUGCCGGCACAUUUUGCACCGGAAACUCGUGGUACAAUUUUGACAACUGGGCGCCCGUCGACAUUCUCCUCUUGAUCGGCGCAUUCAUCGAGCUCAUCUUCCACUUCAUCGUUUUCGUCAUCAGUUCCCUCGCACUGUGUUGUGGCGUCAGAUACAUCAGCUUCUACAAUCCCAACAUGUACAACAACCGAGGAUAUUCUCAAAGUUCCGGCAACCUCUACCCAACUCAGCCACCCAUCUACAAAGUCACCCACUAAAUUAUUUCCUCAUUGUUACAUCAUUAGCGUUUGAAACUUGCUAUUGAAGAUAUUAAAUAAAAAUUUACUUUCGGUUUGGUUUAUCCUUCCGUGAACUGAACAAGCAUAAAUUUGUUUCUUAACAUUUUUUUUUAAUAAAAACACGACUUUUUUUAACUAACGCUACGAACUUGAUUAUAUUUGUUGCAUUGUAUGUACGCUACAUUCUUCGAUAUGAAAUUACACCUUUGUGUACGC